AUGGUAAGGAUGUUUCUUGAUAAAUUUUUCCCUGCUUCAAGAGCCGCUGGCAUUCGAAGGGAGAUAUAUGAAAUAAAACAAAAAGAUACUGAGACCCUACACGAGUAUUGGGAAAUAUUCAAAAGACUGUGUCCAAGCUGCCCUCAACAUGGGAUUUCUGAGAAACUUCUCACCCAAUAUUUCUAUGAAGAACUACUACCCAUGGAGAGGAAGAUGAUGGAUGCAACCAAUGGAGGUGCCAUAGUGAACAAGACUCCUCAUGAUGCUAGGGAAUUGAUCUCCAUCAUGGCCGCCAAUUCACAACAAUUUGGCUUUAGGAAAGACAUAUCUUCAAUAAGGGUGAAUGAGGUAGGUUCGUCCUCCAUUGAACAUCAAUUAUCGCAUCUCACCUCAUUUUUUCAACAACUAGUUGUAGGAAAAACACAGCAAGUGAAAGCUUGUGGGAUAUGUGCUGCGAUCGGUCACCCAACUGACAUGUGCCCUACACUUCAAGAUGAUUCUCAUGAGUACGCCAAUGCAGUUGGAAGCUAUGGACCAAGACCAUCGAAAUCCCAUCGCUUUCCACCUGAGCAGUCUUCUUCAAAGCCAGCAAGAGACAAUAACAAGCAUACAAAAUUUGGAGAAUCAAAUGAGUCAAUUGGCAUCCUCCGUGAGUCGGUUAGAAUCCCAAGAUUAGCUAAGUCCAAGAAAGAAGCAGAAGAGAAAGAAAUUCUUGAGACAUUUCAUAAGAUUGAGGUAAAUAUUCCUUUACUUGAUGUAAUUAAACAAGUACCUCGAUAUGAUACAGUUCUUAAAGAAUUAUCCACCAAUAAGAAAAAGCUCAAGGGUAAUGAAAAGAAGAAUGUGCGCCACCAGUCGUCCUCUCCGCUCCACCCGACCCACCCCUCCACUCAGUCCGAGAACCAACCCAGCCGACACACAACACCUUCACCCCCAGCUCGUGACAGAUACCGUGGUUAA